AUGGAUGUAUUGAUUUUUGAGCUGGAUAAGGAUUUUGGAGAACUUGGUUUGCUGGACUAUUCAUACAGUGAUGAGAAGAUGCAUAGACGUCAAACGAUCAAGCCAUCAAGAAUGAGCGCUUUCAUGCGCCAAAUGGAUGAGUCUAAUAAAGCUAUGAGCGAGGUUGUUCAGUCGCUCGCUGAAGCACGAGCUGCUACUAGUACAAGCAAAGCAGCUACGACAGAAAUUGAUGUUGUUCAUAAAGCAAUUGAUGAGAAGAAGCCGCCCAAGUAUGAUGGAAAGGGUGAUCCAGUGAAGAUGGAGAAUUGGAUCAGGGAUUUUGACAAGAUUUUUGUCACCCUCCAGGUCCCUGAAGAAAUGAGAGUUGACUAUGCGGCUUACCAUCUCAUCGAAGAUGCUGAUAUUUGGUGGACCAACCACAAAGAUAAUUUGACCACCAAAGUCACAUAUGAUGAGGAUGAUUAUGAGGAGGUGGAGACAACAAAAUUUGGUUGGAAGGAGUUCAAGAAGGCACUACGUGCCGAGUUUUUCCCGCCUCAUAUGAAGAAAAGGAAGAGAAUAGAAUUUGAGAAGUUUGAGCAAGGGGAUAUGUCGGUUCAAGACUUUUAUAAUAAAUACUUAGAGUUGUCUCGUUUCGUACCUGAAUUGGUUCCAAACGAGCAAGAAAGAGCUCAGAAGUUUGAGGAAAAAUUUGAUGUAAAUGUCCUUAGCCACAUGGGAGCUGGUGACUUCACGACUUUAAAAGAUGUUUAUGCUCGUGCCAGUAAUGCUGAAAGAAUUGAGGAGAGAAGGAAGACCGCGGAGAAUAUGAAAGCUACUGCAAAGGAAGAUAUCCAACACUUUGACAAGGAUAAUAAUUUCAGCCAGGAUAGGAGUAGAAUUUAUGACAAUCAGGGUUCUAGGGGAAACUUCGGUAAAGGGGGCCCGAGUCAGCAGGCCUCUAGGAGUGCUCAGAGUUCAUUUAAUCCCCGUAGCCAAGCAGAGGGCCAAUCUCAAUUCCAGAAGUCAGGAGUCCUUCGUCGUUAUUUCUGUAAGAAAUGUGAUAAGAACCAUCCAGGAAGAGAUUGUAAAGGCAAUAAGGUAGCAUGCAACUAUUGUGGGAAGGAGGGGCACAGGGCUUAUGAAUGUUUCUCCAACCCAGAUGCAAUGGUUGGUCGAAAUAACAAGUUGUUGAGGAGACCCCCGAUUAGUAUGGCUAGUAAUCGGCCAGUUACUUCAGCUCCAAGUAUCACUGUUCCAAGACGUAGUGCUGGAAAAGCUAAUGCUGCUUAUGUUCAAAGAGGCACUAGGGAAAAAAAGGAAGGUGAAAUCGUCGUAUUUGGACAAGGAAACCUGCUUGAUGUUGAUGAAGUUUCUGCAACAAGAGAAGAAGAACAAGAGAAGACGAACAAGAUGAUGAAGAAGACGAUGAGUUUUAAUUUUCCUGACCAUAUUCCUUAUUUCCCUUUUGGAUUUGGAUGGUUUACCUUUAAGGUGCAUCACAUAAACUUGAAGAAUGUCACACCUUGUGAGGCCGAUAUCUCUAUUCCUUCUGAUCUAAGUGUAACGUGUAAUAGGACGCACCCAGAUGUUCUUAUAGCUUAUGGUGAAACUACUCUAUCUGCUGAUUUAAUAGCAUUUCCUUUGAAAGAUUUUGAUUCGUCUCCUGUGAAGAUCAUUUGUGCCCUUACUCUAAAGUCUUAUUUGAGAAAGGGAUGCCCUAUGUACCUUUGUCAUAUUCAUGAUACGAGCAAGGAAAGACCAGAGCUCAUAGAUGUUCCAAUUGUGAAUGAGUAUCACGAUGUGUUUCCGGAUGAUAUUCUUAGCAUGCCUCCGAAGCGUGAUGUUGAGUUCAACAUUGAUUUGGUACCUGGAAUGGGACCUAUAUUUAAGCCACCUUAUCGGAUGGCGCCUGCUGAGAUGAGAGAGUUGAAAACUCAGUUAGAAGAAUUAUUGGAUAAAGGCUAUAUACGGCCUAGCGUAUCCCCUUGGGGUGCACCAGUUCUGUUCGUGAAAAAGAAGGAUGGUACCCUACGAUUAUGCAUUGAUUAUAGAGAAUUCAAUAAUGUCACUGUGAAAAAUAAGUGUAGGAGUGUUUGUAAGAUCGACUUACGAUCGGGUUACCAUCAGCUUCGAAUUGCAGAUAAAGAUAUUCCAAAGACAGCUUUCUGCACUCGAUAUGGACACUAUGAGUUUACAGUUAUGCCCUUUGGGUUGACUAACGCUCUAGCAGUGUUCAUGGACUUGAUGAAUAGAGUAUUUAGAGCUUAUCUGGAUAAAUUUGUUGUUGUGUUUAUUGAUGAUAUACUGAUUUACUCAAGGAAUGAGAGUGAACAUGAAGAGUACCUCCGAGCGGAGGGUGUCUCAGUUGACCCGUCCAAAAUUCAAGCAGUUUUUGAAUGGUCCACUCCGAAGAAUGUGACCGAAGUACGCAGCUUUCUUGGUCUGGCUGGCUAUUAUAGAAGAUUUGUGAAGUAUUUUUCGAAGAUAGCUCGUCCAUUGACCAACCUGAUGAAGAAAUCUACUAAGUAUGAGUGGAAUGAUGAAUGCGAGAAGGCUUUUCAGACGUUAAAGGAGCGUCUUACUACAGCUCUAGUCUUAACUCUACCUGAUGGAGAUCAACGCUACGAGGUGUAUACAGAUGCUUCGAGAAGCGGUCUUGGAUGUGUGCUUAUGCAGAACCGGAAGGUUGUAGCUUAUGCUUCGAGACAAUUAAAAGUUCAUGAGAUGAAUUACCCUACUCAUGAUCUUGAAUGGGCAGCAGUCAUCUUUGCGCUGAAGAUUUGGCGUCAUUAUUUACUUGGCACUUCAUUCCGAAUAUUUUCAGAUCAUAAGAGUCUCAAGUACAUUUUCACGCAAAAGGAGCUGAAUAUGAGACAAAGGAGGUGGUUAGAGCUAAUUAAGGAUUACGACAUGGAAAUUCAAUACCAUGAAGGGAAGGCUAAUGUUGUUGAUGAUGCACUUAGUAGGAAAACUGUCCACUCUUUGCAUACGAUGCUUUUGAGGAGGUUACUUAGAGAUGAGCUUCAGAAUUUUGGUGUACAACUUGUUCGAGUUAGGGCUCAACUUAGCUCCCUUACACUACGCCCAGAUGUAUAUGAUGAGAUCAAGGAAAAUCAAGCUAAUGAUGCACUUUUAAAGAAGAAGAUAGAUAAGGUCCGAGACACUGAGGACGCUUACUUCAAGGUCCAUACGGAUGGUAGUCUCGCUAUAAAGGUCGUGGUGUGUUCCUGA